UUCUGCCUGUCUCCAACCUUGGAUUCUUGGCACCUAGCGGCUGUACUGAAGCUCUCUCGCAAGUUAAGAACUUCCCUGUUUUAAAUGACUACUUUGUAGAGUCAUUGCUUACUCAGUACUGGGCAAGGAUCCUGGCCCUUCAGCACCGACUGUAUGAACACAUGGAUCUUAGGAGUGCCAUGGAGAGUGAGAGCAUAAGCACCCUCCAAGAACAGGUCCAGUGCCUCACCAAUGAAAAUGUGCAGCUGCAGGAUAGGAACGAAAGACUGUACACAAAGCUUGAAGAACUGCAGGAGAAGAUGGGGAAGCUGGCUGGUUCCAAAACGGACUUGUCAUCCAGACUGGUCUUCAGUGAGGAAGAGAAACUUAAGAUUUCUAAGGACCUCAUUGAUCUCCAGAUCGAGACAAACAAAAUGAGAGAGCAGUAUGAGGCAGAGAACUUUGAACUGAAAAAUAUGAUCCUGACCCUGGAGAACCAUAUUCUGGAGUUGGAGCUCCAUGAUGAGAAGGUCACUGGGGAGCAUGAUGCCCUACAGGAACGCCUGCACACUGUGGAGACCAAUCGCAAGGAGCUGGCUGAUGAGUACAUCAUUCUGAAAAGCAAUUAUAUGGCCCUGGGCAAAGAACAUGAACAGGAGGUUGCUAAGAAUGAAGAGCUGAGCAUAGAGCUGCUAAACCUGGUCAACACCAGGAGCUCCCUUCCUCAGUCAUGGAGUAACAACUCCCCGUCCCAAGCGCUGGCCAAUGAAACCUCGGCCGAGCUGGAAAGGGUGCGGGCUGUGGUCCACCGCCUCUCUGCCCGGAAAGUGAAGCCAGAAGAUAUAGUUGCCUCUGAACACGAACGUCGAAAACUGGAGAGACAUAUGCUUGGAAACCAGGAUCACAUAAAAGCUGAGAUUGAAAAGAUGAAGCAAACGUACGACUCUCAGCAACAGAAGCUGGAACAGAGAGUGGUGGCAAUGGGGAAGGAGCUGCAGCAGUCCAAGAGAGUGAUUCGCAAUACUCAGCACAAACUGGUGGAGCAGUCAGUGGUGCUGCUCACCUCUCAGAGCCAGCUCAAAGAGGUGGAGGUUGAGAAUUCCCAACUGCAACUUCAGCUGAAGGAACUGAAUGAAGAAUAUCGCUGUCGUCUUACUCAGUACAUCAAGGACCUGGCGGAAUAUAUGGACAGUAAAUCAAAUGCUUCUAAGGUGCCUAACAAAGUACCAACUGACCAUGCUUACAUGAAGCGCUUUGUGGAUGGCAUGCUGAAGGACAUUCGGGCUGCCCAUAAAUCUCGGGAGGAGCAGCUGGCUGGAGCUGUGCGUGGUUACAAGAAGCGCAUGCAGAACCUUGUCAAGAGGCAUGAAAACCUGCUGAUUGCUUAUAGGAUGCAGCGUGAGCAGAUCCAGUCUCAGGGCAGCAGCGAGAUGGACCCAGGCCCUCCUGAGUUCCAUUUCACCAUCACAGAUUCUGAGCUACUGACAAGCACAACCCAGGAGCUAAACCAGCUGCGAGAGGACAAAGCAAAACUAGAGAGACAGCUGCAUGAACUGCAGGAGAAGAAAAGACUGAGUGAAAGCUCUGUGCUAGGACCAUCUCUUCACCACAAGCUGGAUGAGGAGGGCUGGGCAGAGAUCAGGAAGCAGCUCCGGGAGUUCACACAUACCACGCAGGAAGAUCUGGAGAAGGAGAGAAGCCAGCUGCUGACUCAGGCAAUUGUGGCAGAAGAGCAGGUGCUGGAGCUGCAGGAAUAUGUAGAUAAGCAUCUUGCAAGGUACAAGCAGGAGAUCCUGAGGUUAAGGAAACUUGUAGGGAGCGAGGCACCCAGAGCAUUCAGUGCUGGGGCUUCUGAUGCUCACUUAAUGCAGAGAUCCAAAAGGACCAUCAGCCAUGAACUGUAG